CUUUCACAGAAAGGUAGUGAGAACCAGAGUAUCUGAGAAAAUCCGAAGGCACAGGACUCUUACAAGUAGUCUGGCCAAAUAACGAUGCAUCUUGGACCUUUCGACCGUCGCACCAGACGCUCUCGCUGCGCGCCGUGCGCUGCAAGCCACUCAAAGUGUUCCGGCUCAAACCCAUGCACCCAAUGCCAGAAACGCUGCAUUGAAUGUGUAUUUCCGGCGGCGUCGGCUCCGAGUAAAGGAGCUGCAAUCCGGUUGGCCAAGGGGAAGUUCUUCACAGCCAAGUCUUUCGCAAAGCUCAUCACACAACGUCCUGUCUCGCCUCCCUCGGACAAGACCGCUACUUAUCUCUUUUACUUUGAUGUGUUCAUACGCAAGAACAGCUUCACCGGUCGAGGGCCAUCCUUUCUUCCAGAUGUCCAACAAUUAGUCAAGACUUCUGGCCAAUCAAUGCGAGCCCCAUUCAACCAUUUGUUGGACGCAAUGUUGGCCUUAGGUGCUAUGCAAGCAAAUAUGCUUGGCGCGUUGAACUGCGAAAAUAGCUUGCGUUUCGCGCUUGAACACUAUUUGCGGUCCAUCACCUCUCUACGAGGAGCUGUAUUGGACCAUGCCUUGACACGGAAAGACAGCAUUCUCUGGUCAACUUUUUUCUUAGGGUUGUUCGAGCUGCUACAAGACGCCUCUGGGCAGAGGUGGCUACAGCACAUGGUGCUCGGCACAUCUCAGGCCCUCAUUUCCAGCGGGCCGUCAGCAUGUACUUCGGGAACAAUGCGAAACUUCUUUAUACAGGCUCGAACCUUCGAAGUCUGUAGGAGUAUAAUAUUCAACCAGUCUAGCUUCCUGGCAGCACCAGAGUGGAUGAAGCUGGCAGGCAAUUUAUCGGAAGAAGCAAACACGGAACGUCGUGUUUCUCUAGAUGAUCUCCUGAACCUGAUUGUGUUAUGCUCCAGACUCAGGGCACGUACUGGCCAGUUCAUAAGAACUUACACCAGCUUAUCUGGAGUUGAGGUCCUAUCCAUCGAUGCGCUAGAGUUAGCCACAGAGGGCUUUUAUCUCCGCGAUGCACUUGAGAGGUGGAAGAUCGAUGCAUCAUCUUCACCUGUCCAACACGAUGAGAUGCUUCUCGCCACCAGCUACUACUCGGCAACAAGCAUUUAUCUCUCUGGAAACUACGACUACGACAUACAUCACUGGCAAGCGAUGACCGUUGCAGUACCAGUGCUACGCCGAGAUGAGAUAUCGAAGCAUGUUGAAGACAUCUUGCAGACAACCAGGGAAGCUCUUCGGUCCUCUACUCUAUCGCCGCUCCUACACCUUUUUCCACUAAGAGUAGCAGGGGCAAGGUCUCGAGAAAAUUCUCAACGGCAGGCCGUGACUGAAUGUCUACUCGAAGUCAAGAAGCAAUUUGCCGUUGCUAAUGCGAUGCUGGUCGAACUCGACGAAUUGUGGUCUUUAACUCCCAUUGAACUCGUCGAUCUGCCACUUGUAGACAGUUGAAUAAUAUUGUCGGAACGGCAAGGCUGAUAAGGAGCAAUGGGCAGGUAUCGUGGGCUGGC